AUGGAUUUUCAUAUCAAUUGGGUAUAUCAGCUUCUACUAUUCCUCAUUAGUUUAUACCUUAAGCUAUCCUUGGUGGAUGGCCAAUGUCCGCCAAAUCUACAAGCAUUAAAUUGUAAUUGUUCAAUACUGCAGCAAGCUAGGAUUAAUGGUGGCAUACGUAAUAAACUAACGAGAAAUGUUUCAUGUCGAAGUACUUCUAUCCGUAUCAUGCCCGUUUUCGAACAGCCAUUUGCAUCAACGAUUGGAUCUUUGGAUUUGUCUUUAAAUAAUUUUCACGAAAUUCAAGAUCAAGCAUUUAUUAACUUAACUGCAGUAACCUAUAUUAAUUUAGAAGGCAGCUUUUUAUCAGGAAUACAAAGUAAAGCAUUUUCUAACUGCAAGCGCCUGAAAAAUUUAGAUUUGUCCGGAAAUUUUAUAAGGUAUCUGCAUGCGGAUACAUUCUACAAUGCUAAAGCAUUAACCUCACUAAAUUUAACAAAUAAUCUUCUAGAAACAUUGCCGCUACAAACAUUUAGCCGUUUAGACUCUCUCAAAUUUCUUAAUAUCGAUAGCAAUCCGCUAACAUGCGACUGUCGGCUGCGUUGGUUGAUGGCAUGGGUAAAAUCAACUCGGAUUAAUUUGUCUCUAUCGCAGUCCGCAAAAUGUAGUCAACCUUACUCUAUUCAAGAUCGAAUGUUUAGCAGUUUAACUUGGAAAGAUUUAGCGUGUGGUCCACCUGCAAUGAAAUCCAAGCCUGCAGACAGUCAACUACUAUUUCAUAGAGAUAAAAUUACUUUACGGUGUCAAGCGAGUGGAGAUAUAUAUAGUACUGAAAUGUCUUGGUUAUUCCAUAAGCACAAAAUACCAAAUGCUAGAGUUAUUAACCAUACGGCAGUUAAAAAUUAUAGUCAAAUUUAUACGUAUACCGUAGAAACGACACUGACUCUAGAUCUUAUUGACUCAAGUGCUGCUGGCCAAUAUAUAUGUGAAUUUCGAAAUGAAGCUGGUAAAUCAGUUGCGAAAACACAGAUUUAUGUAGCCAGUUCUGGUGUUAAAUUUUGUAAUGCUUCUACGACGCAAAGCGAUAAGGGUACAUUUAACUGGCCACAGACGAUGGGACAAGUUACUGUGCAUUUACCUUGUCCGAAAGGAGCACAAUUUGACUCUCAGCAAAGUUCAGAAUCUCAGCAAGCAACAGUUCGUCGAAGCUGCACGAAAUAUGGCGCCUGGAACUUGAUGGAUGAUAGCGAUUGUCAAUUCCAAUAUUUUCUUACGCAACAGCUAUUUCUGUUAUCCCGGAUUAUUGUCAACGGUGAUGCAUCAGCUACUAUGGUUGGGACUAAAUUUCAAAAAUUAAUCAUUCAACAUUAUUCCCUUGUUCAACCCACUGAUGUCUACUUAAGCUCGUUGAUCUUAGAAAACUUGCAAACAGUAGCCAAGAGCAAUACGAAUGUUAUGAUGGUAAUUAUAAAUGCAAUCAAUCUUUUCAUGUCUAGUAAAACUAGUGCUUUAACUGAAGCUCAAGAUUUACAUAAUGCCUGUACAAGAAUGAUCAAUGUGUUACAGCGAUUGCUAAAUUAUAUUGCCCCUCUUUCGCCUGGUAUCAAAUUUAAUCAACUUGUUCUGGAUAAUCUUGCACUAGCAAAUAUUCAACUCAAUCUCGACAAUCAAUUUCAAAGUAUUCUAUAUGUCUUAUUAUUGCAAUCUGGCCAGAAAAGCAUAACUGCAGGAAUUUACCUUCCGAAAACUUUUCUACAAAGUGCAUUUCCACUUCGUGGAACUAAAAGUCUGCAAGUUCUUAUCCUAAGAAAUACUAAUUUAUUUCCAUUAUCGGCUAUACAAAGAAAAAACUAUCAGUUAUCAGGAAGUGUACUAAUAGCGAGAAUAGAUGGUGUGGCUAUAACAAACUCAACAACUCCAUUAACAGUUAUUUUAAGACCACAAUCGACUAAGCUAAGAGCGUCUUUUCGAAUCAAAACGCAAGCAGAUAAAACUGUUAAGCCUACUUGGUCUUCAUCAAUUUGUCAACAAAGUCCUUCUAAGUUUGUCGCUUCUUGUAAACAUAUGGCUAUAUUUGCAUUACAUGGAAAUAAAAGCAAUAAUGGAUUAGCAUGGCCGGACAAUGCGCAACAUUUCCAUAUUCGUCCAUUGCAGUCCUUUACUUAUGUUUUGAUUACCAUUGGAAUAGUCUUUAAUUUAAUAAUCACUUUAAUCUACAUUAUAUUGAGCCAAUUUGCAAAUCCGUCGAAUUUUGCUACUCUACGCACAAUUCCAAUCCGACUAAACAUAUGGAUAACGGAAAUUAUAACAUCCAGCACAUUCUUACUAACAUCGCGCUUAACAGAAUUGCCAAUUUUUUGCUCUAUUGCCGAAUCAUUGCUAAAUUUUAUGCUGCUUUCAUCGAUAGCAUGGAUGUUGGUUCAUAAUUUAGCUUUGCGCAAUAUUGUAAAUCAUACCUUGCAAGGUAGAGAUGCAUUUUUAACUCACAUACGUUAUUCCUGUAUUGGUUGGGUUGCACCUUUCGUUGCUACAGGCGUUGGUGCAGCCAUUCUUAUAAGUAAUGGCAGCUACCAAGAUCGGCAAUUUAGCUGUGUUAUUCGAUUGCAAACGGAAGUUUACGUUUUCCUAAUUACUCCAAUUGCUGUUGUAACAUUAGUCAAUUUCUACUUAUAUGGCUCAACGAUCCAACUUUUAAGAGAUACAAACAAUGUUUUCUCACAUCUCAGUAGUAAGGAAUCGCAGUCAAUCCGUCAACUGCUUUCUGCAACAUUAAUCAAUAUGAUCUUCUUAGUCUUGGCUAUCAUCUCGGCUGGUUUUAUUUUCCAGCCUAAGCCAUCGACCAAUCUUCUCUUCCCGGUCUCUUUUGCUAUCUUGCUGUGCUUAAUUGGUCUCUUCAAUUUCAUGUAUACCAUCUGCUGGUCUCAAGAGUUUCUAGUCCAUAAAGAAUUAUUCAAAUUAUCCUAUAUUAUAGAAACUUGUUGCAGUGCAUCCAGUGGCAAUUAUAACGUAACAGAUACUUUGGAAGUGACUAAUCAUACUACAUCCGAGCAAGAAUUUCAAAAAGAAGAGCAUGAAAUGAAAUCUUUAACUCCAUCUAGAUCGUUGACAGUAUCUCUUCCCAACCAUGAUGGCCAAACUAGUAAUAGCAUUGAUCAUCCUGUCAGGCUUGUCAUAUCGCCUCUAAAUACCGAUGGAAUUCGUAGUCGAAGUCCUAAGAAUACUUCAGCGGCUACUAGUAGCGUAUAUAGUGGUAGGCAUGGUCGUCAACAGCGCCAAUAUCUUUCUCGCCAGUCAAUUCCAAUCUCACCUGAUUUUAGUCCAACGGGCCCUAACUUAACCUUAGCAAGUGAUUCCAAAAAAUCCGAAUCUUUAUCUUCACUAGAAAACCAAUCCAUGGUAUGGGAUGAAGAAGUGAUGAAUGAUAGUUAUUAUGUUCGUCAAGUUGAUCCUGAUCAAUUUUCAUCAUCUAGUCAUCAUCAUGAGCGUUCUUUAGCAAGUUCUAUAAGUAGUCGACAUAAUCGAACUACGAGAAGUUAA